UUGAAUGAUGUUUGCAAUUUUGGGGUGCAGACAUGCCCAGAGCGAGAAGAAUUACUUCUGCACUUGAACUACAUUUGGUUUCGAAUUGUAUUGGCAUGAGUUUCAGCGUGUGAUCCAUGUAGCUUGAGCAUUGGUCUUGAAUUCUCUGAUGCCUCAGCCAUUCGCGCAAGACCUAAUGGCCUGCCAACGGCACUACGAACCAAGCCUUGGACUUCGUUUCUGGGAACUGGCAAAGCCUCGGUCGCCAGCCCUUGAUAGAUUCACUCCUCAGCGGCUCGCUUUGAACCAGACACAUGGCUUCAUGAAAACCGCUGCUGGCUUCCUUGGUCUUCCAUUUGACACAACAGUUGAAAGCAGGCCCUGGCGCAUGCAGUGCAGCAAGGCAGAUUGCCUGGCAGAUGAUACGCGCUGGUUGGCAGACAGCCCUCUGGCGGAUUUCCUGCAGUUCUCUGAGAAAUCCGAUCCGUUCUUCGUGGUGCCCUCCUGUAAGGAACCGCAGGCGUCGCCGUCAAACCCUAUGACGGCCACGCUGCAGGCCAAGCUUCGCGCCAAACAGAGCCGCGGAAACCAGCUGCCGCUGCAGGGACCCCUGCUGCGGAGGAUACGCAAAGCGGAGCUGGUGAUUAUGAAGGAAUCCAUGCAGGCGCGGCAUUUCCAGUGGCCUCCAGAACAGAUUGGCGAGCGCAGCUCGGAACGCGUCAGGGCUGGGAAGCGCGCGGCAAAGUUCAUUGCGUGUACUGUGUGCGAGCAGGUGGUGCAAUCCAACUUCCCCAAACCUCACGCGCUGGACAGCAUCAGGAAAACCUUCUCCUCCGAGGAGCUUCAUGAGCGGCACGAUGCCAAAGGCAGUUGCGCGAUGAAGCGGCUCGCGCAGCUCUUCAAGCGCCAGAAGCUGGAGGUGACCGGCUUACCUGAUGGUACUGCAGAGAUCAGGACUGCCAAGACGGAACCCUUUUAUGAAGAAAUCAACAAGAGCGAAUUGGCGUUCCAUUGGAAGUCCUUUGCGUUGCAACAUGCUUGCAGCGAGGUCUUUCGCAGCGACGCGGAAGAUGUGCACCGUGCCAUGGAGCGUGAGUUCGAACGCUUGGCACAAGACUUGCCUCACGAGCACGACGACGAGGUCCAGGAGUUGCUCUUGCGCGCGGUGCAGCGUGGCUGCCAGGCCUCGCGCUUCUGCAGGGCGGCAAGAACUCAGCGUGUGAUGCACCACCAUCGGCCGGAACUUUGA